GCACGUGCCGAGUUUCCAGACGGACUAAAGCAGGCGUGACGUACUUGUGGAGGUCAAAUCAAGCAGAUUGGCAACAUGGUAAAGAAAAAGCGCCUGAGGCUCAUAGCCGAGAUGGCACGGAAAAUCCGGGCCUACCGGGAGCUGAAGAAUCGGCCACAGGAUUCUCAACGCUAUGCAUUGGACUACGACACAAUGAUGCGUCCCUUCAGUGGUAAAAAGCUGCCAGUGCUGGCUUGGCAAGAUGUGAAAAGAGAGACACGGCUCUUUACAUUACUAGCUGGCAUGCGCAUGUUUGGCGUGGGUCGGCUCUUCACACGCAAGUCAUGGCUGGAUGAGCAUACAGAGCCGUGCUAUUGGAAAAUAACAAAAGUCAAGGUUGAUUAUACAGCAGAGAACAUGGAUCAUGGGAAAGCAUGGGGCUUUCUAACAUUUAGAGGUAAAGAGGAGAUCACAGAACGUGAGGUGGAUAAGGUGAUGUAUCAUGACUGGCGUCUGGUGCCCAAACAUGAGGAAGAGGCCUUUAAAUGUUGUGAACCGGUCCCUGAACCCCCUGUCCGUUAUGCAAGAUACCCGCCCCUCCUGCGUGCUAUGAUCCUGGCCCAGCAAGCAAAACAGCUGGGUCUGGAUGUGAGCACUAUUCCAGAGCCCUCUCUUCCAUUGAAACGGGAUGUGCUGCUCAGUAAUGAGUAUUUCAGGAGUCAGGAAGAGAAGAAGAAACAGGAGGGUACACCUGUCUGAUGCAAAGGUUCAGUUCAAGGGGAAAGAUCAUGGGGAAGAGUUGCGAGAUCUGUUUUAGUGGUCUUGAUGGGAGCCCUCCCUCCUGUUCCCUUUUAUUAGGACACUCCUGCUCGCAAUAAUCAUUGGUUUGUAUUUAAUGGAAUGUUUUGUGAGAACAAAAUAUUGUCUUGUUUUCCUAAACUUUGUGGCUAAUGAGGGGGAGAAGAUCUCAUAGGAGGCUCUUGUAGCACAUUUGGACAGGUGACCAAACCCGAAAGGACAACCCUCUAUGGAAAGACUGUUUUUAUUUUUAUUUGGUCAAAAAAGAUAAAAUAUCUGUGUAAUAUUAUUUACAUUAUGUGAGUUAAAUGUAUAAUGUAAUUUGCAUGAUGUGCAACAAUUGAAUAUCUGAGAUUAAAAAAAAUGGGUGAACUGA